GUCAGUCAGCGGGGAGAUAUGAAGGCGUUCGUUAUAUUGUGUGUUGCGGUUGUCACCGGGGCUAUGCCCAUGGUUAAAGAGGAAGGAGUCACGGACAAGCUCAUAUCGACGCUAAGGGAAUGCGUGGAUGCGGACACCAUGCUGUGCCUGAAGGAGAAGGCAAUGAAGUAUACGGAAAAUCUAGCGCUGUCCAAGGAGCUGACUCUCGUCGAUGGAGUUUCAUUUUCAAGAACUGGUAGUCCCAGAUCAGCUCGGAGCUAUGAACCUCUCUCUGAGGACCCCAAGGCGAGAGAACAGCAAGUGGAAGAAAGGAUUCUGGAUAACAUCGUAGAUUUCUUAGACAACCACGCACUGCAGUUAAGAAUGCCGAAGUCUUUCGAAGAGGAUAAUUCACUUGACGAGGAAGGCCGUGGCAAGAAAAAGAAGAAGCUCAAGAAGCUGCUCCCAAUCUUGGCUCUGCUUAAAUUGAAAUUGGCUGCAUUAGUUCCACUAUUCCUCGGUAUCAUUGCCUUCGCAGUCUUCAAGGCUUACCUCCUUGGAAAGAUAGCGUUCAUCGCUGCUGCUUUUGGAGCGAUAAAGAAGCUUCUAGAUUCAAAGAAGAGCAGCGGCUGGUCUGAACCGGCUCAUGAAGAACACCACGGUUGGGAGAACAACGGUGGUUGGGGAAGGUCACAGGAUGCUCAGAAACUAGCAUACGGAGCGCAUAUUAAGCAGGCGUAGAAUUAAUAAUUGAAAUUAUUUAUUGUCGUUAUAAGAUUUCCGAGGCUCAGUUCGAAAGAGUUUGGACUAAGCCUAACAAACCGUUCUUCUCUGUUCCCAUUUAGUCUUCUAUCAUGACCACCGUUUCUAUUAGGUGAAAUGCUUGAGUGGUAUUUAAAGUGUGUACGUGAAUGUUAGUGUGUAAUGAGUCAGUAUAGUAUUUUAGUUUUUUUUUUUGUUUUUAAGCAUUGCGACUGAUUUUUGUUUUUAUUUUAAUUAUUUAUAUAUUUUAAUAUAUUAUUAUUAUGUACAUGUUAUAUUCGUAUGGUAUGACUAAAUAUGUAGUCUAUUUAUAUUUCAACAAUACUUCUUUUUAUAAUUAUGUUUUUUUUUUAAUAAUGUUAUAUUAUUCAUAAAACUUUAUAUAUUUUUUAAUAUGUUAAUAGUAUUACUAAAUGUUUUUCUGUUAGACAAAGAUACAUAUUUAAUAUAAUAUUACUCAUUUAUUGUAUUAAUAUUGUAAAUCAAUAAUAUUUAUGUAAUUUAAUUUCACUUUAAUAUUUACCAAAUAUUUUAAAAGUUUUUGUUCCAAAGAUAUUUUUUUUUAUUUUAAUAUUUUACCAUUUAUUAUGUUAUAUUUUAUUUUUACUUUGAUUUUUGUGUGAUUGGGUAUUGCGACAAGUAUUUAUUACCGAACGAAUUUAUUUAUUGAACGAUUUAUUGUAAAAUGACAUUAAUUUAGUUCAUACUAAGUUAUUUUAAUUUACGAUGGAUCCAAGUAAUGAGGAAAUAAAUGAAUAUACU